CAACAAAAAAACUAUCAUGUACAAAGUGAUAUGUCUGUUUUGGUUACUCCUCUUGCUCUCUGUGACAGCGGGGAAUGGACCCAACAACCCGCCAGAUGGAGCUGGUAGUUCAAAGGUCACUGUGUUGGGAGACAGCGAGCAGUCGUUCUUGUUACGGCGAUGGCGAGGGGUGACCUGCGACCUGUGUGUUUGGAUUACGUUAGAGUUACAAGACAUGAUCAGAAAGCAGACGGCGGUUGACGUCAUCGUGAAAGAGGCCAUCAAGAUUUGCAUAUUGUUCAAGAUCGAGGACGCACGUGUUUGCAGCAUGAUUGUUCCGCUGUUUCACGAAGAGAUACUCUAUGUAGUGGACAACUUGGUCCUAGAUCCUAAAGAAGCUUGUGGCAUCAUUCUUGGAGAUUCAUGUGGAUCGCCCUACUAUCCUGGGGAAAUGUGGAACAUAACUCUACCAAACACCCCCAAACCACCUCCCCAGCCUCCCACCCCACCUAAGCCCAGUAGUCCCACAGUUAGAUUUCUUCACCUGACAGACAUACACUGGGACUUUGACUACAGGCAGGGGGCCAACCCUCUGUGUGGGGAGCCACUCUGUUGCAGGGCCAGUGACAACUCCACUGCCCAUACUCUGAGCUCAUCUACAGCUGGCAGGUAUGGAGACUUCAACCAAUGUGAUGCCCCAGUAGAUCUGCUGGUUUCUUUAUUCAAACACCUGAGUACUAUCAAAGACCAGUUUGACUACAUCAUCAUGACCGGUGAUGUCCCCGCCCAUGAUGUAUGGAACCAGACCAAGACUGACCAGAUAGCUCAUGUUGCUGCACUGGACAAGCUGUUCAGCCAGUACUUGCCAGAUAAACCUGUCUACUCAUGCAUAGGGAACCAUGAAAGCACCCCAGUCAACAGCUUCCCUCCUCCUGGUAUUUCUGGCCACAACAUGGACUGGCUGUAUGGAGCUCUGGCUAACUCAUGGGGAAAGUGGCUGUCACAGUCUGCAAUAGAUACUAUCUUAAGCUGUGGUGGAUAUUCCUUCUCCCCUUAUCCAGGCUUUAGAAUAAUCUCAAUCAACAAUAACUAUUGUAACAACCAAAACUGGUGGCUGUUAAUCAAUGCAACUGAUCCAUGCAAUGUUCUACACUGGUUGGUAGCAGAGCUACAAAAAGCAGAGGACAAACAUGAAAAGGUUCACAUGUUGAUGCACAUACCACCUGGGGAUGGAGGCUGUCUGAAGGCCUGGAGUUGGAAUUAUUACAAAAUUGUCAACAGGUAUGAGAACACCAUAGUGAAUCAGUUUUAUGGCCACAGCCAUCACGACUGGUUCCAAAUGUUCUAUGAUGAGACAAACUUCCAGAGACCAGUAGGAUUUGGAUUUGUAGCACCCAGCAUCACUCCUGGCUCAAACAUUAAUCCCAUCUUCAGGAUCUACACCAUGGAUGGAAAUUACACUGGAAGCUCAUGGGCUGUGUUAGAUUAUGACAGCAUUUAUCUCAAUUUGACGGAGGCAAACCAGUCAGGCUACCCUACAUGGAAAUACUCUUACUCCCCAAAGAAACUGUAUAAUAUGACAAGCUUGUAUGCAGCAGAUUGGAACAAUUUGAUCAACAGACUACAGUCAGAUGACCAUAUGUUUCAAAUUUUUAAUCUAUACAGAAAUAACUUGUAUCCAUCAGCACCAUGUGAGGACCAGUGUAAAAAAGAUUUACUGUGUGAAAUAAUAAGCGGAAGAUCAAAUGACCCUGAUCUUUGUAAAAAGCAUAACUAUUUAGCUAUGUAAAUAAUAACAG